GACCGCAGACAGGUUCAUAACAUGACGUACUUCCUGGGAAUUGUAGGCCAUUUGUAAUUACCACGGAUUUGUGCACGGAGCCCGUUAUUUCUGUCAAACAAUAAACAAGCGCUAUAGAUGAAACGUUACAUCACAGGCGGCUAUUUUUUCCCGGAAAAUUCGCUGAUUUAGCACGAAUUAUCAACCAGGCUUACAAAACAAAAUAAUAAUAAUAAAUAAUAAAAACAAAGGACUACAGGAAGACGCGUGCUGCUGAAAGUUUCAUCGAUCCGCGCGCUCAUUGCGCGAGAUGCUGAGUUCGGGGGUCUCGCGCGCGGAAGAUGUCACGAGCAGCGGCGCGAGCUCUCCGUUAACGGUUUCUUUGCUUUUUCAACGGCUGUACUUUACUUUUCUGUGAUGAACGGAGUUCAAACCGGAGCAGAAAUCUGAAAUGUAAGCCCGUUUACCGGAAUUCAAAGAUGUGUAAAGCGCAAUGACAGCUCGGUGCGUGCAGCCGUUACUCGAGGAGGUGUCAACCGUCUCAUGUCUGAGGUCAUUACAUUGCUGAAUUCGCGGCGCAGCCCACAGAUGCAUUAGAAAAUCAGACACCAUCUAGAAGACCAGAAGGCUUGGAGCCUGUGCACUCCUGUUCAUGGAGGGCCGCUGGACCCUUCUGUUGCUGCUGGGAGCGUUUUCGAUUCUCAAGAAUGCUGAGGUCCACGCAAACGCUGACCGAGGCAUCUACACCAACACGUGGGCCGUCCACAUCGUAGGGGGAGCAGAGGAGGCAGAGAGAAUUGCACACAAACAUGGUUUCAUCAGUCAUGGGAGGGUGUUCGGGGACUACUAUCAUUUCCAGCAUAGGGGUGUGGCGAAGAGAUCUUUGUCUGGCCAUCGUGGAGUUCAUGUUCGACUACACACUGAGCCGCAGGUAAUUUGGGCUGAGCAGCAGAUUGCCAAACAAAGACGUAGAAGAGACAUUCACAUCGAACCCACAGAUCCAAAAUUCCCUCAGCAGUGGUACCUGAACAAUCCCAGUCAUGGAGACCUAAAUGUGAAGGAGGCCUGGGCUCAGGGCUUCACAGGAAGAGGAGUGGUCGUGACCAUUCUGGAUGACGGCAUCGAGAAAGAUCACCCUGAUCUCGCCGGAAACUACGAUCCAGACGCCAGUUAUGACGUAAAUGACAGAGAUCCAGACCCUCAGCCCAGAUACACACAGCUGAAUGACAAUAGGCACGGGACUCGUUGCGCCGGAGAGGUCGCGGCGGCAGCAAACAAUGGCGUUUGUGGAGUGGGUGUGGCCUACAAUGCCAAAAUCGGAGGUGUGCGGAUGUUGGACGGAGAGGUAACAGAUGUUGUGGAGGCUCAGUCUCUGAGCAUGAACUCCCAGCACAUCCACAUUUACAGCGCCAGCUGGGGCCCAGAGGAUGAUGGGAAGACGGUGGACGGCCCUGCCAAGCUGGCCAAAGAGGCUUUCCUGCAGGGGGUCACCGAAGUGAGUCUAACGCUUCCAUCAGGUCAUCCGAGCAGUCUUCGUAGGGAUAUCAAAAACCACCUGAUCUUCAGCAGAUCUGUGGAUGCCUGCUCUGGGCAGCUGGACUUUGUGAGCUCUCUCGAACAUGUGCAGGCCAGACUCACGCUGUCUUAUAACCACAGGGGGAACCUGGCAAUUCACCUCAUCAGCCCACUGGGGACUCGUUCCACGCUGCUGGCUCCACGGCCUCAGGACAAUUCGGCUGAAGGCUUUAACGACUGGGCGUUCAUGACAACACACUCCUGGGAUGAGGAUCCUCGGGGAGAGUGGACAGUGGAGAUCGAAAACGUCGUUGGACUGAAUGACUAUGGUGUUCUGUCUCAGUUUACACUCAUCCUGUAUGGGACCGGCUCUAGCGCCACAGAUCCAUUCGUUUCAGACUACACCCGACCAUCAAACAAUAGCUGCAAAACCUUUGACACCCAGCAGAUCUGCAUUGAAUGCAGCACGGGUUUCUCGCUUUACUUGCAAGGCUGCGUGAAGUCCUGCCCUCCCGGCUUCAGCUCCGGUCCGCAGGUCCUCAAUUUAUCUUUGGACAACUGGGUAGAGCACUCCACCGUGCAGGCCUGUCUGCCCUGUCACCCGGCCUGUCUGAUGUGCUCAGGGCCGGGAGAAGACGAAUGUCUUUCGUGCCCUCCACACAGUCACCUUGUUGUCACUUCUUGCAUGCACCAGAACCAGGUGCAGCGAAAAUCUCCCAGCAUUCCCGUGCUCCAUCACAGAGUAAAUAGCGAGGGGGAUUCGGGUUCAGAGGGGGGAUCGCUUGAGCCCAAACUGCCCUCGAAAUUGCCAGCGCUGGUGGCGGUGCUCAGCUGUGCCUUCAUCUUGGCUACUUUUGCAGCUGUGUUCGUUCUGUUGCAGCUGCACUCCGGAGUGGCCGGCGUCCCUUUUUGUAGGAGGACCAAACUGCCAGUGACAAAUUCUAGGGGAGGUGGGAUACGAGUAGGGUUUGGCUUUGGACUGGGCCAAGGGAAGGUAUCAUAUCGAGGGAUCCCCACUGUGUGGGGGGACGACGAUGCAGCGGGUGGGAUGAACUCGGAGUCGGACAGCGAAGAGCUGGAGUAUCACAGCGAAAAGACUGCUUUUAUACGAACUCAGAGUGCUUUGUAGCAUCUCCUGCGCUUUUUAUACAUCUGUCUUCCUUAUACUGGAAUACAGAACUAAUAGACUACUACGAGAGUGUGCCGUUUGUGUGUGUGCGUGUGUGAAAGAGACCAUAAAUGAGCUACACAAGUGCAGGCGCACUUUGACUAAUUCGACUUGUAUCUGAUUAAACGCAGGACAGCUACGCUAAGUGAUUCCCUUUAUUUGACUCAUGUUUGUCUCCGUGUUAAACCACUAAGCAGGAUCAAUAAGAUCAGACGUGGGUUUGUGUGUUUGUGCGUAUGCAUGGUUUAUGCAAACCCAAACAUUUACUUUGUUACAAGAACAAGGGCUGAAAAUUGUUCCAGUCAACUUUUUAUUAAAAGUUUUAUGUACGA